AGGCAGCCUCCAUUCAGAAGGAGGAUCGGGGACGUUUGGAUGAGCAGUGUGGCAUAGCCAUAUCUUUAGCGCUCAAUCGACUGUCGCCAACAUGUUCGAGAAGGACAUUUACCAGCUGAUCCGCGGCCUUCGGUCCCAUAAAGGCAACGAGCGGGCAUAUAUACUACAAUCUCUGGCCGAAUGCCGCCGCGAGAUCAAGACCUCGGACAUGGAUGCGAAGGCAACGGCAUUGCUAAAGCUAGUUUAUCUGGAAAUGUUCGGUCACGACAUGUCAUGGGCUUCCUUCAAUGUCCUCGAAGUCAUGAGCUCUGCCAAAUACGUUCAGAAGCGAGUGGGUUACUUGGCUGCCGUGCAGAGCUUUCGACCAGAGACGGAAGUGUUGAUGCUGGCCGAGAACCUGUUGAAGAAGGAUCUAGGUAGCAGCGACAAGGGCACAAUAGGAUUGGUGUUAGGAACCUUGCCUCAUGUGGUAGAUCCGAACAUGGCAGGGAGUAUGCUUGGUGAUCUUCUGUCUAGGCUGUCUCAUUCGAGUCCGGCUAUCAGGAAGAAGACCGUCGUGACGCUGUAUCGCUUGGCUCUGGUCUAUCCAGAAACUCUGCGACCAGCAUGGCCCAAGAUCAAGGACAGGUUGCUGGACGAGAACGAGGAUCCGAGCGUCACCGCCGCGAUUGUAAACGUCGUUUGCGAAUUAGGCUGGAGAAGACCGCAGGACUUCUUGUCGCUCGCACCGCGCUUGUUCGAGCUUUUGACUGCGGGUGGCAACAAUUGGAUGGCGAUCAAGAUCAUCAAAUUGUUCUCGACUCUUACGCCUCUUGAGCCGCGACUGGUCAAGAAGUUGCUGCCACCGUUAACGUCUAUCAUAAAGACCACGCCAGCGAUGAGCCUACUGUAUGAGUGCAUCAACGGCAUCAUUCAAGGCGGGAUUAUGGAGGCUGCAGAGGGUACGACAGAAGGCGAUGAGAUUGCGCGACUAUGUGUCAACAAGCUUCGAGCGAUGCUCGUCGUCGAAGGCGACCCGAACCUCAGAUAUGUAGCGUUGUUGGCGUUCGCGAAGAUCACCGCUUCGCACGCGGACAUUGUCGCCCAGCAUCAAGACGUCAUUCUCGAAUGCAUUGACGACGGCGACAUAUCCAUCCGGACGCGCGCGCUUGACCUUGUGGUUGGCAUGAUCAAUGCUAGCAACCUCCAGAUCGUCGUGGAACGAUUACUCAAACAGCUCAAGACUGCUGGCAAGGCAUCUGCAGUCUCUGACCCGUCGAACGACCGUGCAGCCCAUGAUGGCAUCGAGCCGAUGGCGGAUGACGACGACGAAGAGAUGCAGCAGACGAUCAAACCGAAGGCUCAGAAACCAGCACAAGCGCCGCCUCUGCCCAACGACUACCGUGCAUCGGUCAUCGAGCGAAUACUGGAGAUGUGCUCGCAUGAGACGUACGCGAACAUGACCGACUUCGAAUGGUAUAUCGGAGUGUUGAUCGAGCUCGUCAAACAGUGUCCGGCCGCUUCAACGACUGGCAGCUUUGGCAGGCAUUCCGGAUCCCUUGCGAAAGAAACCACAAGCAUAGCCGAUGCCGUCGGCAACGAGCUGCUUAAUGUUGCCGUGAGAGUCAAAGCUGUUCGCCCGGAUGCUGCAGCUGCCGCACAAUCUCUGCUACUCAUUGAGAGCCGAGAGGCACUGUUUCCGGCAUCCAGCAAUGGUGGCCAAGGUGUGCUCUCUGCUGCCGCAUUUGUUGCCGGAGAGUACGCCGGUAUGCUGCCCAACCCCGAAGCGGUAUUGACGUCGCUCUUGGACCCUUCAUCGGCUCAGCUUCCGGCGCACGCCCUUGCAAGCUACAUACAAACGAUACCAAAGAUUGUCGUCGCACUUACCAGUGAUCAAAGUUCACCUUGGUCAUCCACAAGACAGUCAAACACCGUUUUGCUCCUUGCGCGGGUCGUACACUUCCUUGAGCCGUUGACGCUGCAUCCGAACCUCGACGUACAGGAGCGCGCAGUAGAGUACCUUGACCUGAUGCGAUUGGCUUCCGAAGCUGCUGCGAACCAACAAACAAGCGACAGCCCUGGCGAAUAUGCCGAGCCGCCUCUCUUACUCACGCAAGCCAUACCUUCUCUGUUCACAGGCAUGGAGCUCAACCCAGUGGCGCUGGUGGCCUUGCGGAAGGUGCCUCAGCCGGAAGAGCUGGAUCUUGAAACCCCAAUUAACGGUAACCUGCACAUGCUACUGCAGCAAGCAGAGUACGACACGGACUUUGAUGACAGUGCGGGCGAAAUGUACAGGUUCUACCAUGAGAAGCCAGUCGCCGUCGCGAUCGACCACGCGAGGCCGGCAGCAGAUUUGCUGGAGCCUCCCGGAACCAGCCGCACUUCAUCGUACCAAGAUGCUGAGACGGAGCCGCUCGACCGAGAAACAAGCGACAAGCGCAAAGCCGAACGCCGAGCACGAUACCAAGACGAUCCGUACUACAUUGACUCCGAACGCGCCUCGGGCUCGUCAACUCCAAUGCACAACAUCCUUCGGCAGACAAACGGCGAGGAGCUCGACGUUGAUGCCAUCCCUGUUAUGGAGCUUCAGCUUGACAGUAAGGACACGGUGACUGAUGUUGGGCGACCUGCAACACAGCGAGCACCAUCAACGAAGAAGCCCAAGCGUCAUUUCGAGAUCACUAGAGAUGAGUCAUUGGGCGAUGACGAGUUACCGACAAUUGGCGCUAGCCCGGCAAAAGCCAGCAUCCCCCGCGGUAAGAAGUCGUUGCUCGAAGUGGACAGCAGCGGACUAUCCACCCUUUCGCUUGUCGACGAUGUUGCUAGGACUGGCGCAAGCCAGCUGGAGGUUGAGCGACGGCACGCUGAGGAAGAAGAAAUGGCGAAGGCAAUCAAAGAGGUUGAGCGCUUGCGGUUAGAGAUGCAACGGGCGCAGGAACGCAUACAGCCACAUGACAUGCCGGAAGAGGGUACGGUUGUAAGACGGAAAAAGAAGAAGCCGAGGAUAGAAGCGCUUGGCGGCGAACUUUCUGCACCGCCUGAUGGGGCUGGCGAUGGCGAGGUAACAGUGAAGAAAAGAAAGAAGAAGAAGACGCCAGACAACGGUAACGGCGAGACGUCCUUGGCGGAGAAGGCUGCAGAUGCCGAAGAUGGCUCUGCGAUUGCUAGCAAGCCGAAGAAGAAGAAAAAACGACAGGUGACAUUCGACGAAGGCGGUGAACCUGAGUGAGGCUUAUACACAGCGUUAUAGCGGCUUGCCGUAAGUACGCCCACUGUGCUCCACGGAUAUGAGCAAGAGACGCAAUACCACGCCAAUUUUAAGACUCCUCGAAUGCAACGCCUGU